AUGGAAAUACAGGUAGGCACCGGACCGAAGAUGCGGAUGGAACUUGGACCAGGUCCGAAAUCUCAUCUUCGUGGACAUCUGAAAGCCAAAGAACUAAAUCCCAUUGUUGAUGAUCUAUACGAAUACGUUGAUCAGAAAGACAUAAAAGAUCAAUCAAAAGAGAAAAGACACAAAGUCUCCUCUCCACGCAUAAUACCGGAUCCAGAAAGACAUUUCGAGCCACCAACCAACUAUUGGCACUCUUGGACUUGUAAAGGCUUAUCGGUUAAUGAGAUUGAUGAAAAUAAUGAAACACUACUAAUGACAGGCGAAAAUAGAAGAAAACGUCCUCAGACAGCAGGAACUACACGACCAUCCAGUGUCAAACCAGUUCGUUCCAGGGUACGAUGUAGAAGUGCACCGGUUCAACGUGACAGAAGAAAAAAUAUAGAUUUUGAUCCCGCAUUCUCCGAAUCAUUAUGGCAAUAUUAUGUUUUUCUUUUACAUAAAAUGAAUCAUCCAAAAAUAGGCUUACAAAAAUCUCAUAUUUCUGAGCCAUUAAGUCGUCGCAUUCGUAAAAGCGGAAUUUAUCAUAAUUCGUCUUUAACGCACGGUCAACAAUUGUAUUUAAUGGAGAAAUGUCACGUUUAUGAUAUGACAGAAACAAAAUUAUCUCAUAAAAAUUCGUAUCUUCAAGUUCUAUCAACACGUCUUCAAGCAGGAUUAAAUGAUCCUCGAGAUUUGACAAAAUACAAUUUGUAUGUUCGUGCAGGUCGACCAACAAUUCGGCCAUUGAAUACUGGAUACUUCACAAACGGCCAAAAAUGCCAUCAAAAUUUAACUAGAACUAGAAGCAGUGCUUUUGACUAUUUGGGCGUCAAAACAAAUGAUCGAAAAGUUGGAUCGUUAUCUGCAAAAAAGGACACUAUACCAAUGAAAAAAUCCAAACAAAUAUCGGCUGACUUCAAAACAACUGAAAAACCGAAUCUUGAACAGAUACAUGUAACAUCUAGUCGAUCGAACAAAGUUAUUCCACGAUUGCCGUCAGAUCAGCAGCAAAAAUUGACGAAACCAUCGACACAAAAUGGCUCAUCAAAUUUAACGUUACGGUUACGAUACGAAAAUGAAAAGAAUAAUAUACCAUCUUCCAAUGAUGAAAAUAAAAAACAAGUUGAUAAUGAUGAUAAACAAUCAAUAACCACUACGUCAUCACUGAAUGAUCAAGGACAACAAUUUGAUCAUUUACGAUCAAGACGAGCUACGCAUACUGCAAAGAAAAGAAGAUCACGUGAUAACGAUGAUAAAUUCCUCUAG